AUGGUGAUGCCGGUUGGAGAUUAUAGGUUAUACAGAAAUUACAAUAACAUUUAUUUUCAGUCGUCGAGUGAAGGCAUACCUCCGAAUCCUGCUCCUGCAGCGGUGAUACCACAGCCUCCAGGAUUCCCGACAGCAACUCCGGGUUUUGUAGCGCCCAUGAUACCCGCAGCGUCUUUUAUUCCACCGUCGCUUCACUCUACCUCUGGACCUACGGGUAUCAUACCUUCGCAGUAUUCAAUUCCGCCCCCUGCGUAUGGGUUCCCGAUGAGUGCACCACCUCAUCAUGUUCAUCAUCACGAAGCUGGUGUCAUAGACGAAUUAAAGACUCCCAACGAACUUCUGUUGUCCCAGUGCCCCUGGAAAGAGUACAAAUCCGAGAAUGGUAAAAUCUAUUACCAUAAUGUCGCAACAAAAGAGUCAAGAUGGACGAUUCCAAGCGAAUUGGAAGACUUGAAGAACAAAAUAAUCGCCGACGAAGCGAACGCUGGUACCAAAUCAGCGCCAGUGAUUGACGGAGACGCGCCACUGCCGACCAGUAAGUCCAGCCAAGAUAGUACCAAUGGUAAUAAAUCAGCUAUUGAUCAAGCCAUAGAAGCAACUUUAGCUGCCAUAGAUAUUCCCACGCCUCCGAAUACCAUCAGCACAACAACAGCUAACUCCACGACAGCUGCCACCACUUCUACUGCACCAUCCAGUAAAUUAGUAGCUGCAGAUGAGGACAGCAAUAACUCCGCCAAGGGGUCUGCCAAUGGAGCCAGCGGAGCUGGAAGUCGCACGAGCACUCCAGAACCUAAAUUACAGUUCAAAGACAAGAAGGAAGCCAUCGAAGCUUUCAAAGAACUUCUCAAGGAACGCGAUGUUCCUUCCAAUGCUACCUGGGAGCAGGCCGUAAAAAUGAUCCAGAACGACCCUCGGUAUCCGCAAAUGAAGAAGCUGAAUGAGCGUAAGCAGGCCUUCAACGCCUACAAGACCCAGAAGCUGAAGGAAGAACGGGAGCAGGAGAGACUAAGACUCAAGAAAGCCAAGGAAGACCUCGAGCAGUUUUUGCUAGACAACGAAAAGAUGACCAGUUACACUAAGUACUACAAGUGCGAAGAAAUGUACGGCGGGAUGGAAAUAUGGCGCGCUGUUGGUGACCCAGACCGACGCGAUAUCUAUGAGGACGUUAUCUUUAAUCUGGCCAAGCGUGAGAAAGAGGAAGCUAAGCAGCUGAAGAAGCGGAACAUCAAGAAGCUGGCCCAGGUCUUGGAUACUAUGACUGAUGUUACUUAUCGCACAACUUGGCAAGAAGCCCAAGCUCUGCUGCUGCAGUACUCGCCUUUUGCAGAAGACGCCCAUCUGCUGGAGAUGGACAAAGAGGAUGCGCUCCAGGUCUUUGAUAAUCAUAUAAGACAGCUGGAGAAGGACGAGGAGGAGGAGAAGGAGCGCGAGAAGAAGAGGAGAAAACGCCAGGAGCGGAAAAAUCGUGAUGGGUUCAUCAGUUUGCUCGAUGAACUUCAUGAGCAAGGGAAGCUUACUUCCAUGUCGCUCUGGGUGGAGCUCUAUCCCAUGCUGUCUGCUGAUCUUCGGUUCUCGACGAUGCUCGGGCAACCUGGCUCCACGCCGCUGGACUUGUUUAAAUUCUAUGUCGAGGAUUUGAAGUCCAGGUUCCAUGAUGAGAAGAAGAUCAUUCGGGAGAUACUUAAGGACAAGGGCUUUGAUGUUCAGGUUAACACUACUUUUGAAGAAUUCGCGACUGUCGUGUGCGAAGACCGCAAAUCGGCGACUCUGGAUGCCGGGAAUGUCAAGCUGACUUAUAACUUGCUCCUGGAGAAGGCCGAGGCUAGGGAAAAGGAACGGGUUAAAGAAGAAACUAAGAAGUUCAAGAAAUUGGAGGCUGCUUUUAAAACUCUGCUGAAGAGUCUACCGGUUGACUACCAGAUGAGCUGGGAAGACGAUGUCAGGCCCAAGAUUGAAGACUCCGGUGAUUUCAAGGCUAUUGGAAGCGAGAGCGAGAGGCUGAGGAUAUUCAAGGAAUACCAGCAUGAGCUGGAAGAAAGCUGCAGUCAUCACCAUAUCAGGAGCAAGAAGAAGAAACCUAAAAAGGUCAAGAGGAAGUCCAGGUCCAGGAGUCCUUACAGUGAACAGUCUGCUGCUAAUGAUGAUAAUGAACGGGGGAAGAAAAAAAGGAUGAAGUCCAGGUCGUUGAGUGUCCAGAGCAAGUCUGACGACAGCUCGGAAUCCACUGCUGAAAGCAGCAGCAAGAGGUCCAAGCGGCCCAGAAAGAGCAAGAAGAAACGCGCUCGCAGUCAUUCUAGGUCCCAUUCUCGGAUGCCGUCUUCGGAGGAAGACACGCCGCCCAGCGAGCGCAAGAGGAAGGAAGAAAAGCGGGCCAGGUCAGGCUCUGCGGUUGCUGCUGCUGCUGCUGCUGCUGCUGCUGCUGUUGAAGCUCCUGCUAAUGGUGGGCACAAGGAAGUGUCUCAGCAUCAGGAACUUUCUGAAGAUGAGUUGGAGAACAAACGCGCUCAAUUGCUGAGGGAAUUACAAAUGCAGCAGGAAGACAAUUAA